AUGGACACGUCGAUGCCUCCGCCCUACCCUUCCUACUUCUACGACAAGCCGCUGGGACGGUCCAACACUACGACGCACAAUAAUGCUCCAAUGUAUUACAUCGAGAAGCCGUUGGCCAGGUCAAACACGUCGUCGACCACUUCGACGAUGACGGAACGCACAAGAUCAACUCCUCUGUCGAGGAUGUUGCUGUCCGGGGAGGUGAGCGGCGAGGCGCCUCGGGACCUGAACAUGAGAGAGAAGUUUGAGAGGUGGAUGGUCAACGAAGGCUCGAGGAGGAUAGUGGUGGGAGUGUUCGUGCUGGUACACGGACUGGUCUUUGGCUUCGGCUUCAUGAACUACCAACUCAAGGACAACUUGACUGGGGCCCGGGCGACAUUUGGCAUCACAUAUCCUAUUGCGCGGUCGGCCGCACUGGUCCUGCACUUCGACGUCGCCUUGAUCCUCUUCCCCGUCUGCCGGACGCUGAUAUCCUUACUCCGUCAAACGCCCCUGAACAGCAUUGUCCCCUUCGACAAGAACCUCACCUUCCACAAACUCGUCGCCUACUCGAUCGUCUUCUUCACCUGGGUGCACACCAUUGCGCAUUGGAAUAACUUUGCUCAGCUCGCGGCGAAGCAGAACCUGGGUUUCGUCGGCUUUCUGAAAGCAAACUUUGUCACAGGCCCGGGUUGGUCUGGCUAUGUUAUGCUCUUUGCUUUGAUGGCGAUGCUCUUUACGUCAAUCGAGAAGCCGCGUCGCGCCAAUUACGAGCGGUUCUGGUCCGUCCACCACCUCUUCAUCGUGUUCUUCGUCUUCUGGUCCGUGCAUGGCGCUUUUUGCAUGAUCAAGUCCGAUACCGCCCCUUUCUGCUUCGGGACGGGCGUGUUCUGGGAAUACUGGAUGUACGGAGGCUUCGCGUACCUCUUGGAGAGAGUCCUUCGCGAGAUCCGCGGCCGACACAAGACCUUCGUCACCAAGGUUAUCCAACACCCUAGCAAUGUUGUGGAGAUCCAGAUGCACAAGGAGAAGACGAAGACACGGGCGGGCCAAUAUAUCUUCCUCUGCUGCCCUGAGGUCUCGAUCUGGCAGUACCAUCCGUUCACCCUGACGUCUGCACCAGAAGAAGACUAUAUCUCGGUGCACGUACGGAUGGUGGGCAACUUCACCAAAGCUCUCGGUAAAGCGCUCGGUUGCGAGGACAGCAAAGGCCGGGGCGACGGUAAAGGAGACGGUCGCAAAAUGCCUCGUUCCGAAGUUGUAUCCAUGGCUCCUGGGGGGCUGCAGAAGCUUCUUCCGCGAAUCUACGUUGAUGGCCCGUUUGGAUCCGCCUCGGAGGAUGUGUUCAAGUUUGAGACAGCCGUGCUGGUCGGCGCGGGUAUCGGAGUGACGCCAUUUGCCAGCAUCCUCAAGUCCAUCUGGUACCGCAUGAGCCAAGGUCGCGACAAUCAGACACGGUUGAAGAAGGUCUACUUCUUCUGGAUUUGCCGCGACUUUGGCUCACUGGAGUGGUUCAAGAGUUUGCUCACGGCCAUCGAAGCUCAAGAUAAACAACACGCCAUCGAGAUCCACGCUUAUCUCACCGCCAAGAUCUCUGCUGCAGACGCCAACAAUAUCAUGCUCAACAGCAGUGACACAGACGCCAUUACGGGGCUACGCACACCGACGAACUUUGGCCGUCCGAACUGGGACAUGGUUUUCCGGGCCAUCCGAAAAUUGCAUUCUCCUGGCGAGGCGGGUGUAUUCUUCUGUGGUCCCAAAGGUCUGGGCUCGCAGUUACACAUACUGUGUAACAUGUAUAGUGAAGGCGACAAGGGUUUCAGCUUCGUCUGGGGCAAAGAGAACUUUUAA